AUGAACACAGAAAAGAAAAUGGAACCCACCUGCAUUUUGCGCGCUGGGUCUCCACUCUCGGCGUCUCCCCUCCCUCUCUCUCCCCCUGUCUCUCUCUCCUUUGCAGAUAUUAAGUGCGUGUGUUUUCUAUGGACCUUGCCUUUGGACCCCUCUCUAGUUUCACAGUGGAUUCGAGAACCGUGGGAAUUUGUUCAAGCUCGGGGGAAAAAACAAGUUGUUUGCAGCUGUUGGUGCUCAUUAGGCGUGAAGGAGCAGCAGGGCCAUUUAUCUGAGAACAUGUCCCACUCACUGGAGAGAGUUGUGGCCCAGAAGAAGGAGGCCAUCGAGGCAGCGAUGGACAUGUUCGAGCGGGGGGCGGAGGUGCUGGCGAGCGCCGUGGGCGAGCUCUUCCCUCUGUGCGAGGCCGCCGCCCCGGUCGUGCGUCUGGCUUUGGACAACGUGGAGAGCAAAGAGGUGUUUUACGUCAAGGAGCAGUUCCUGACGGUGAAGAACAAGCUGGACGUGCUCUCCACCCAACUGGAAGACAUCGAAUGUGAAAUCAAGAAGGGAAGACUGGACUCACAGUAUUUUGCGGUGGAGGAGAACAUUAGGAACCAGUUCCGGAAGUACAUGGACAUCUUGGAGGCAAAGCAGCAGUUCAGGGAGGUGAAGAAAAGGCUUUUCCUGGAACAUUUUGCAAAAACAGGAGGAGAGAAAAACCUGCUGGUGUUGUUUGAUGCUUUGAUGGGGGCUAACACCUUUGGAGACUCUGUUUUAGAGCUGGUUGAAAGGUACGUGUCGAGGAACCGCCGGCUCCUCGAGGACUUCUGUGUGCGGAUGAAGGAGCUCUUCUGUUUGGGCCUGAUCGCUCUGCUGGGUCACUGCGCUUUAACCCAGGGUCCGGACGAAGAGGAGGAGAAAGUACAGGAGUGGAGCAGCAGAAUCGCAGAGGUGGAGUCCAGGAUGAAGGCAGCCAUCGCGUCGUGUGUGGCGGCGUUCCCACAGCAAGCGAAGCUGGAUGCACAGCACCUCCUGCAAGAAAGUAAGCAGGAGAGUCUGCAGGACACCACUCAGCAGCUUCUACACUUCCUGGUCAAGAAGUACGACUGGGUCAGCUGGUCCGUGCGCCUCAUCAACCACUCCGGCAGCACCUACCGCAACUGGAGGGCGGGCGAGCGCUUCCACCACGUGUCGGGACGCAACUGGUUCGAGGUGCUGCAGGUCAACAACAUCAACCUGGUGGUGUCCUUCAGCAGCCGGCCGCAGCCGGUGCCGCGCGGCGCCGUCCGGCAGGCCAUGGAGGCCCAGGCCAGGAGGGCCAACGCGCCCGCCGCGGUGGAGGCGCUGGAGAAGCAGCUGCGCGGGUUCGUGGUUCACGCCGUGAGUCGCCACAAGGAGUCUGCAGCCGCCUGGAGCUUCCCAGAGGACUGUCACUACUGGGAGAGACACAGGAACGUGGCCGUGUGCGUUCACUCAGAGUAAAGACCACGCAGCAGCAACAGGGGUGUGUGUGUGUGUGUGUGUGUGUGUGUGGGGCCUGUUCACCUCUGGACAACACGGCUCAGAAAUGCAUUUAUGCACUGAUGGAGUCAGUCCAUCCAUUACUCCUUAUCACUCCUUCGCGGGUCACAUUUAACAAAGACAUGCAAAAAUGACCUGGUCCUGAAAUAAGAGAAGAAUCUGUGAAAACCAUCAUCCUGAAUCUAGAGAGCAUUUGUAUCAGCUCUUAGACAAAAAUCCUCAUACACUAAAUAUUUAAUAUGACCUGAUAUUUCUUGGCUUUUAUGUUUAUUUAACUGUUUGGAUGUAAUUGUUGUAUCAUGACGUUCACCACUAUAUAUUUCACAUUUAUUUAUAAACUAUAAACUACUUUAACCUCAGACGUCAUGUACAGUGUAGGCAGCAUAUGAACGUAUACAGCCGUGUGUCUUGUGCUGCUGCUCCGCUGCCACAUCGCGUCUCCCCUGACGAACGCCUUCUGCACCCACUGCUCUGGGCGCUGGUUCUGCUGAGGCUGCAUGUGCACGGGCCCGCUCCCCUUUUUGGCCUACAUCACUCUGACAGAGCGAGGGGCAGCCUCAGGCGUGACAAAACAAGAGGCUCGGCGUUUGGCACCGGAGUCGCCAGCGUUAAACACUCGAUGCUGAGCAGCGGUGCAGGAGCGGUGUCACACUUUGUGAUGGUUCCGCCUGGGUGAGAGUGAUGUCAUCACUGACCCAAAGCCUUUACACUGCUAACGGCCCACCUCACACUCAGCCUUUAAUAAGCAGUUACAGCCCGUGGCUGCACCUAGUGGUGACGUACAUGUGGAUCAGAAGAACAGGAAUUUAUCCAUAUCAAAAGUCAUGUGUUCAAAUACAUUAACUUCUACAUUCCAGAAUAAAAUCAGUGCACGAUCGAUGGGACCAUUCUUUGAUUCCUUAUGACAACUAACGACCAACUACAAAUUGUUAAUGGUGUAAACAAGUCUAAUCUAAUAUCUGCGUCUGUCGUCUGGUCUAAAUGUGAUUUAUGCAGCACUGUUAGUGCCUGUGCCCAUUAAAGCAAGGUAGUGCACCCUCAGCAACAGGGACGUCCUAAUUAAAUUGAUAUUUACACGUAAGUCAGCAUUUCCAGACCGCAGCGCUGCUUUGAAUAACCUUUGGCUGAGCUAAUAUCCUGCAGAACGGCAGCAAAGUGCUGGGCUUAGCGAGAUGCUAUCAGCCUGGUGUCGGUGCGGAGGCUGGACAUCCUCUUACAUCCCAGUGGACGGUCUUUAGCUGAUUGGUCUGUCUGUCGUAAAUCAAAGAUGUCAGAAUCCAUCAAGUAUUAUCUGUAGAACACAUCGCAGGGUGGGAGGGAGUGGACUGAAUCUGCAGAGGUUUCUGUGUUUGCAGGGGAAAAGCUGCAGGUUGUUCAGUUAAAAACAGUCUCAAACAAGAACGGAAAUAGAAAUAGUGAUUAUUUUACAUUUUGAUUUCCUCGUGAUGCUGGUUUCGAGGGUGUUUACGGGGGUCAAUGAUCAAAUAUCAUGAGUGUAAAAGUCAUCACUGCUUGGUCCUUAAAUAAAUACGUAACCCAAACAAUGUGUCACAGUCCAGUUAUGUCUGGGCUGCAUUGAAACAAACAGCAACGCACCUGCUGGAAUCCCAGACAGGUGACUAACACGAGCUUCCACCUUUCACAUAUCAAUACUUUAAUCCUAGGUUGAAAAGGCAGAAAUCGUGCUACAGACAGACACUUGGGCGUGCCAGACUUCAAACACAGCACACAACCCAGACAACAGACAAACAGCAGAAACUCGCCGGCGUGACGCGUUAGUCAACAGCUUGGUUAUUUUCUAUGAUACUUUUGCUUUUACACUUAAGUGAUGCUUUGGCCUGACUCUUCUGGUUUCUAAACUGCUCUAAGGAGGAUUCAGAGCUGAGGUUUCUCCUCAGGCAGCUUGUGCCGGAGGCCAGUGGAUUCAUUAGUGGUUCUGUGGGCUUUGCCUCGGUAACAACUAUUGAUCCAGCAGGCGCUUCGCUGCAUAAAAGGCUCUGCCUGCGGGAGCCUGUCAAUCCUUACUGUCAUUAAAGGGAGGCCAAAGCCUCUGCUCACUGACAGAUCCACUGCAUCCAUCUGAUGCCGCAGGAGCUGGAGUUAUGCUGUUCUGCGGUUAAGGGCAGGUUAAAGUAAGGUUUUCCCAUUGAAUGAGUGAAAUCUGGUGGUGCCAGACGUGAUCUGCAGAAAGAGGGCGCUGUCAACAUACGGAUCAGUUUGCUGAUCUGGACUGAAGAGCUGCUUCUGAAGCGUUUCUAUCCAAUUAUGAAUGGAGGAAAACUAUGACUGAGUUCAAUCAUUACCUUAAAUUCUAUUUAAAAAAACUGGUAAAUGUGAUGUUUUAUUCUUUAGUUUUGAAGAUUAUAACAAGACAAUGCUGUAAAAUAUUAAUCAAUAAAAGCAUGCUGUAAUUCUGGGAAUAAUAAACCAAUUACAUUUAAAA